AUUAUCACCAACUUAAAAAAAACAACCUCUUGUCCUCUAUAAAUAUAUCCCCACAUCACAAGCAACUUCCUACUCCAAAACAAAGGCAAUAUUAAACCUCUUUCUAUUUGAAGAAACCACCAAAUCAAAACAGGGCAUCUUACUAAAAAUAAAAACUACCAAUGAGGCUUUCUGCUUCACUCUUCUUACUUCUCCUCAUCCUCCUAUUUACACUGAACGAACAACCUACUUUUGCUAAGAAGUCCUAUGUAGUGUACAUGGGAGCUCAUUCACAUGGACAAGAAGUUUCUGAAUUUGAUUUGCAUCAAGUCAAAGAAUCACAUUAUGAGCUCUUGGGAUCUUACCUUGGAAGUCGCAGUGACGCCGAGGAUGCAAUAUUCUACUCCUACACAAAACAUAUCAAUGGCUUUGCAGCUGUUCUCGAGGAAGAACGAGCAUUAGAAAUUGCAAAGCAUCCAAAUGUGAUCUCUGUAUUUCCAAAUGAGGGAAGAAAAUUGCACACAACUCGAUCAUGGGAUUUCUUAGGGCUCGAAGAUGAUGGAGAAGUGCCCCCUUUUUCAAUCUGGGAGAAGGCAAGAUUUGGUGAAGACACUAUUAUUGCCAACUUUGAUACUGGGGUGUGGCCAGAAUCAAAGAGUUUUGGAGAUGAAGGAAUUGGACCUAUUCCGGCGCGGUGGAAAGGAAUAUGCCAAAGUCACAACAAUCUUGGUGGAGUCCAUUGCAAUAGGAAGUUAAUUGGAGCAAGAUACUACAACAAAGGGUACUUAACAGCUUUAUCAACAAGCAACACCACCAACACAACAGAAAUCAACAGUCCACGAGACUACGAUGGACAUGGCACCCACACCCUAUCCACGGCCGGAGGAUCAUUCGUAAAAGAUGCCAGUGUAUUCGGGUUCGGAAAGGGAGUAGCCAAAGGCGGCUCCCCUCGAGCUCGAGUGGCGGCCUACAAAGUUUGUUGGCCGCCAAUUAAUGGCAGUGAGUGUUAUGAUGCGGAUAUCUUGGCUGCCUUUGAUGCAGCCAUAGCCGAUGGCGUCGAUGUUAUCUCUGCAUCACUUGGAGGGACUCCUACUCCUUAUUUCAAUGACAGUUUGUCCAUUGGUUCGUUUCAUGCUGUCAAGAAGAACAUUGAUGUAGUGUGUUCUGCUGGAAAUUCUGGGCCAACUGAUGGUACUGUUGUGAAUGUUUCUCCUUGGAUUUUCACAGUUGGGGCUAGUACUAUGGAUCGAGAGUUCUCUAAUUGGAUAUUACUCGGCAAUGGUCGACAUUUCGAGGGACAAAGCUUGGCACCAAAAUCAUUACAAGUUGGCAAGUACUAUCCCCUAGUGAGUGCAGCUCAAGUCAAAGCAGCAAAUGCAUCUAUUGAAGAAGCACAAUUAUGCAAAUACGGAACCAUGGAUCCUAACAAGGCAAGAGGUAAAAUCGUCGUUUGCCUAAGAGGAGAUAACGCAAGAGUAGACAAAGGGCAACAAGUCGCAUUAGUUGGGGGCGUUGGUAUGGUCCUUGCUAAUGAUCAGGAUACUGCUAAUGAAAUAAUUGUUGAUCCUCACGUUCUUCCUGCUUCUCAUAUCAAUUAUAGAGACGGUGUCCAUGUUUACGACUAUAUCAAAUCAACAAAGUCUGCGAAGGCUUCCAUUACACAAACAUCAACAAGGUUAGGAAUAAAACCGUCACCAUUUAUGGCAGCAUUUUCAUCAAAAGGACCAAAUACAGUUACACCGGAGAUUCUUAAGCCUGAUAUAACAGCACCAGGAGUCAGUGUGAUAGCAGCCUAUACUGAAGCACAAGGACCAACAAAUCAAGUGUUUGACAAACGUCGAGUUCAGUUUAACUCCAUAUCAGGCACUUCUAUGUCAUGCCCACAUAUUUCAGGUGUUGUUGGUCUUCUUAAAACCAUUUAUCCACAUUGGAGCCCUGCAACAAUUAAAUCAGCUAUCAUGACCACAGCUAGCAUAAUAGACAAUGUGUACGAACCCAUAACAAACGCGUCCAAGUUACAAGCAAGCCCGCUACACUAUGGAGCCGGGCAUGUUCAACCUAAUCCAGCUAUGGAUCCAGGAUUGGUUUACGACAUGAACAUCAAUGACUACCUGAAUUUUCUGUGUGCAAUUGGUUAUAAUGAGACAUCCAUUUCAUUAUUUAAUGCAAGCCCUUAUGUUUGCCCUAAAAAUUUUAGUAUUCUUAAUCUGAACUACCCUUCAAUCACAAUUCCUAAUCUCAGAAAAUCAACCACUGUGACUAGAACCUUGAAGAAUGUUGGUUCUCCAGGGAAGUACAUAGCUCAUGUUCAAAGCCCGAGAGAGAUCGCGAUUUCAGUCCAUCCUUCUGUCUUGGAGUUCACUAGCAUAGGUCAAGAGAAAAGCUUCCAAAUUAACAUUAAGGCGAAGAAGGGGAAGGCAUCCAAGGAUUAUGUAUUUGGAAGAUUAACUUGGUUAGAUGGUAUGCAUUAUGUAAGUAGUCCAAUAACUGUAAAGUCAGUAUAGUAUUGGCACUACCUAUUAUAUAAUUGCUUUUAAUUAGCAAUCUACUAUAGAAAUCCCUAAAUGUAACCAAGAUAUUACUCCGGUUAUUAAAAACUAAUAUUAAUAUUGCAUGGUCAUUGAUUGCAUUAUA